GGCGCUUCGCUCUUAUAAGCAGGACUCAUUCGACACUUAUCGGGUCUGCCCACCUUUCGUCUCGUCUCACAAGCCGUCGCCUUCAGUCACAGUAUGUUCACAGGUCUGAUCGAACAUCUUGGGACCGUGUCUUCAAUCGAACGCGACGCCGGCGGGUGUACCCUGACCAUCGCGGAAUCUGCUCCUAUUCUCACUGACGGUCACGUCGGAGACUCUAUCGCCGUGAACGGAGCAUGUCUGACUGUGACGGAGUUCGAUAAGGAGGCGCAGGGCGGGUGGUUCAAGGUCUGGCUUGCGAAUGAGACGCUUGACAGGACUGACCUCGGGGAGAGGAAGGUGGGAGACCAAGUGAACUUGGAGCGUGCAAUGGGUGCGCACGUCCGGUUCGGAGGACAUUUCGUGCAGGCGCAUGUCGAUACUACAGCAACAAUCAUCGACCGGAAACCAGAUGGCGAAUCUCUGCGCUUGCUCUUCCAGCUUCCCGAGCCAACCCCAGAACGACCGUCGCUUUUGCCUUAUAUCAUCCCAAAGGGCUACAUCGCCAUAGAUGGCACGUCCCUCACCAUCACACAAGUCGACGACAGUCAGCGCACGUUCGGCGUGAUGCUGAUCACGCACACGCAGGAGAAGAUUACGCUGAGCAAGAAGGCGGUUGGAGCGAAGGUCAAUAUCGAGGUUGACAUGGUCGGUAAGUUCGUGGAGAAAAGCGUUCACGCAUCAUUAUCUGGUGGUGGAAGCGAGGUUAUGAGGGAUACGAUUGAGAAGAUAGUAGAAGAUGUAUUGACGAAGAAAGGUCUUGUGUAGUUCAUGCUUCGCGCGAUGGUGGAGUAUAUAGCGCUCAUGUGUUAUGAUGCUUGACGAGCUUUCAUCCUUUUGACUCUGAGAAAUAGCAAUAGAACACUGCAUGAUUUUUGUA